AAACUUUAUAGGAUUCCAAUUCCCAUUGAGGGGUAGAAUAGAAAGCCACAUAAUAAUAGUUUAGAACUUCUUUGAUCUCUUCAACUUGCUACUCUUCUUUCUUUGUUCUUAGAAGUUUUACAAUGAAUGAUUGGGCUGCUCCACUCAUAGCUGCAGCUUUGUUUUGGCUCUUGAGUCCAGGAAUGAUCUUUCAGUUGCCGGGGAAGAAUGCACCCUUUGAGUUUAUGAACAUGAAGACAACUGUUGCAUCCAUGUUUGUUCACACGGUUAUUUAUGGUCUCUUUCUCAUGUUGUUCUUCGUUGUUCUUAGUAUCCAUCUUUAUAUCUAGACCAUGUUACAAUAAUCUCAUCAUGUAAUCAUUGAUCAACAUGUAUGUGCCCUUUUGAAUUCACACUUGAUUAGUCUUCUUAGUUGGCAACUAAUUACUUUCAUGAGUAAUCUGCUUGGUAUUUGUUAUUGGAAAGCUAGUGUUUGUUAUUGGUAAUCUAUGUGUGUACAGCUUCUCAUGAUGAUGUUCUUAAUACUACCAAGUACCAUCUCAUGAAGUGAAAUAUAUAGUUUUUUUCUUUUUCUUUUUCUUUUAUUUUUUUUUAUUUUGCUCCCAAUAAACACUACUAUUUGGAAUUGGA